GGUGCUGGAGUUUCAUUUCAGAGCUUCAGAUUCAGGCACCAAGCCAAAUGCGAGUUCCGCUCUGUACUUCAGUUUCAUGGGGAAAUACUGGCUGAUUAUUUUUUUAGCAGAUAAAUAGUCAUGAAACACUAUGUGAGCUCCUCCUACUUUUAGCCAGGGAAAGCACCAGCAUAUAAUGCUUUCCAUUGCUCAGGGCUGGCUCAUUCUUGGUGUGAGGAGCUCAGGAAUUCUGAUAGUCCUUUUUUUUUCUGCUAUUCUGUUUUCAGUUAUCUCAACUCCAAGAAGCAACAUGGAAACAACAAAUUGCCUGGAGAUGAAGAGUCCCAAAGAAAAGAACUGUAGAUGCUAUCGGAUAGUCUGUAUUUUGAUUUCUCUCUUCCUUUUGACACUGGUUUUGGUCCUGUUUUGCAUAGUCUGCUGUUUUACCCAUCCUGCGCAGACUUCUGACAUCUGCUGGGUUCAUGCAACUUGGCCUUCAAAUUCCACUGGCAUCGUUCUCUGGAAAUGGAACAUGACAAACUGCAGUAAUUCAGUGCAGAACAUCACUGAGAAUAAUCAUAAUACGUUGGAGAUCCUGCAGGAUGGCAUAUACUUUGUGUACAGUUCAGUACACCGUCUCAAUAGUAUUGAUGAUGACAAUUUUACGAUAAUGCUGCACAGUAAGAAUUACUUGCUUGACAAGGUUACUGGGCCAAAAGGUGGAGACGCAUCUUCCACAAUCAGUUUUGGAAGACCACAUUUCUUGAAGAAGGGGGAAAGGCUGUACCUUUUAUUCAAUAACAAUUUGAUGUACAUCUCAAGCAAUAUAACUUACUGGGGGCUGUUCAGAAUGCACUAGGGUUCCACUCCUGAGUGGCUCCUGCCACGCUCCAAGGAACUUGCUGUUUUUCUCCAUAUCAAACCCAAGAAUAAAGCAGAGGUUUUUCUAGCAGUCCUCUACUCAUCUUGUCAAAGUGACUAAAACAGGCACUCAGUAAAGACAUGGCUUUGUGAUACCAGUAAUGAUGAUGGAUGUUGUCCAAUUGUCACCAGAAAUGAAAGACAGACAAUUCUGAAACAACAUCAUGAAUGCAGGAAUGAAACAUCUUGAUACAGGCAAGGUGCCAGUCAGAAAGUCUUGGG